AUGGUCACCUUCCCCGCCUUGCACGACUUCUUCGACAAGACCAUACCUUCAUGCAAUGCAUUAAGACUGUUGCAUCAUGGUGAAGAAGCUUUCCGACCAGCUUAUGGAAAGCUUGGUGAACUCCGUGCACUCCUUUCCAAGGGCACAGCAUUUCAAGCGCUUUCAGCUACACUUCCACCUCACAUUCUCUCAGCCGUAAAAAAUCAGCUCAUGGUGCCACCAGAUCAUAUCUACCUAGCGCUACCACCAAUGAUGAUUCCGAAGACACUUGUAUUCCAUGAUAAUAUGCAAGAAGCUGUGGAUGCAGCUGCAUACAAUGAUUCCUGUCUACCAAAACAACUACAGAACCAAGGAAUCAUGAAACAUUACCAUAGCGACAUGUCAGCAGAAUACCUUCAGCAAACUUGUGAUGAUUUUGCAUCAGUCUCGGGCACAUGUCGCAUCAUCCAUGCUAUGGCUGGAGCCUCAACUGGUCUUGAUAUACCAGGUGUCAUGAUCGUAAUACAAUAUGGCAUCCCAAAGAACUUGUCAGAAGCACUCCAACAUUUGUGGGGGCUUUACCUGAUGAUGAUUGAGACAUGGGCACUGGAGGUUAAUCUGACGGAAGAACAUGAUGAUGCCGAUGAUGCCGACAAACCAUAUGCAAUAACAGCACCAAAGAAAAACUCGUCAAAAAGGGACCGUACAGGAUGUGCUGCACUGCAAUAUGUACAGUCAAAAAUGUGUCUUCGAGAGUUCUUUGCAAAAUAUUUCAAUGAUCCGACACCAACAGGUAGUAACUUUUUUUCUUCACUCCACUAUGUUACUGCAAAAUGCUGCAACCGUCAUCCUGAUUCUGGCUUCAAUCUGUCUACAUAUUUCCUUGGCAGCAUGCACUCAUUCAACAGUGCCAGUGAUCGGAUUGAUCCAUCCUCAACUGCUCCUGCAAAACGCAAGCACAACUGA